AUGGAUAAGACUAUUUUGGAAACGUUAUCGAACAAAGGAGAAUUAAAUACUUAUGAUCUAUCUCAGGAGUUAUCGGCUGAUCAUCAAGCGAUAGUUGGGGCAAUGAAAUCUGUACAAUCUCUCGGAGAAGUCAUUUGUGUUACUCAGAAGCAAAUAAAUUUAUGGGUUUUGACUAAAGAAGCUGAAGAAAUUUUAUCCAAUGGAAGUUACGAAGCUAGGAUCUAUGAAGUAAUUAGCGAUGAUGGAAGCUCGCAGAAAUCGUUAAUGAAUCUCUUUCCUAAUGCCCGUAUCGGACUCAAUAAAGCGAUGUCAUUAGGUUGGUUAAGAAUAGAAAAGAAUUCCACUGGUGGUGACCCAAAAGUGUUUAAGAAAGUAGAUGAGAUAGAAGAUCGAACGAAGUCGGUUGUGCAGAAAAUAAAAGAUGGCAAAGUAAAAGAUAUCCCAGAUGCAACCUUAAAAGAAUUGAAAAAGAGAAAAUUAAUAAAUGCUGUGAUUAUUAAAAGUUUCGAUGUCACUAAAGGACCGCAUUUUACAACUGAAGUUACUAAAAUGGAAACUGAGUUAUCUCCGGAAAUGCUGGCAACGAAUUCUUGGAAAGAGAAGAAGUUUAAGCCCUAUAACUUUGAUUCGCUUGGUAUUAUGCCAAGCAGCGGGCAUUUACAUCCAUUAAUGAAAGUUCGCGCUGAAGUUUGUCAAAUAUUUUUGGAAAUGGGAUUUACGGAGAUGCCAACUAAUAAUUACGUCGAAAGCUCCUUUUGGAACUUUGAUGCCCUAUUUCAACCACAGCAACAUCCUGCACGGGAUGCACAAGAUACGUUUUUUUUGAGCGAUCCCGAAAAUGCGCGUGAAUUUCCCACAGAUUAUCUUGAGAAAGUACAGAAAGUGCACGAGUCUGGUGGCUAUCGAUCGAUAGGGUAUCGAAGUGAGUGGAAAUUAUCGGAAGCAAGAAAAAACGUUCUCCGCACCCACACUACCGGAGUUAGCGCUAGGAUGUUGUAUAAGUUAGGACAGAUGGAAAAAUUUAAACCUGUGAAAUAUUUUUCCAUUGACAAAGUCUUCCGUAAUGAGAGUGUUGAUGCAACUCACCUAGCUGAGUUUCAUCAGGUAGAAGGAGUUGUUGCAGAUUAUGAUGUUUCCCUAGCGAGUUUGAUUUCUAUUCUAUAUUCGUUCUUUUCCUAUUUAGGAAUCAAAAACUUACGCUUUAAGCCAGCGUACAAUCCCUAUACCGAACCUAGCAUGGAGAUAUUUACUUUUCAUGAAGGGCUAAAAAAGUGGGUAGAGAUUGGAAAUUCUGGUGUUUUUCGCCCAGAAAUGAUUAAGCCUAUGGGAUUACCAGAUAAUGUCAAUGUGUUAGGGUGGGGCCUAUCUUUGGAACGACCAACCAUGGUUAGGUAUGGAAUUAACGACAUUCGCGAUCUAGUUGGUCACAAAGUUAAUUUACAAAUGGUUUACGACAGUCCAAUUUGCAGACUUGAUUCGAGAUUAUAUUGA